AUGGCUGGCCAACCGGUAAAUAUGACCUGCACCGCUGCGCAGAGCCCUUUGAGCCCCUGGUAUACAUUUACCUGGUACCGACAAGGUGACAGUCUUCCCCCUGCUCAUGCAGUUGUCCAGGUUUCAGAGACGGUCUCAGUGCUGACGUUGAUGCCAGCGACAGCAGAAGAUAAUGGAGUAUACGCAUGUGCUGUACGUAGAGACGAUGGUAGCCCAAGUCCAAUGCCGCAGGAAGCCAGUUCAAAAUCAAAUAACUUUGAAAGAGACCCGGCGAUAAUGAAGAUCGAGUUGAUUGUUCAUCGUAAAUGCAGAAAUUUUAUGUUUUAUUGUUAUUUGAGUUCUAAUAAUUUAUAA